AUGCCAACUCCGUCCGCCGCCUCGGAGCGGCCCCGACGCUCCAACGACGAAAACAACUCUGUCCCGGAUUUGUCGUCCAGUUCCGCACCCAAGAAAGCCAUCGCCGUCGCGGACGCGGAAGCAGACGAGGACCAGAAGCCUGAACCCAAGGACAAUGCUCACGCAGAGAUUGGCGUCAGCCGAGUAGAGGCCUUCAACAAGGUGCUCUACCAGUCUGGCCGCGCAGGACAGAUUCUCCUCUGGCUGCUCGCCAUCUCCAUCUCCCUCACCAUGUUUGCCUACGCGCUGGACCUGGGCAUCACCACCACCGUCUUCAACACCAUGGCGAGCUCGACAUUCGGAAAGCACUCGCAGCUCGGCGCCGUCGCCACGGCAAGCCAAAUCAUCCGCGCCAUCAGCAAGCCGUUCAUCGGAAAGCUCUCCGACAUCACGUCCCGCCCGACCACCUACGUUGUCAUUCUCUGCUUUUACGUCCUGGGUUUUAUUGUCGCCGCCACGUCGAGCACUUUUGCGGCGUACACUGUUGGCGUCUGCUUUACCGCCAUUGGAAAGUCGGGACUUGACUUGCUCAGCGACAUUAUCGUCGGUGACUUGACGCCGCUGCAGUGGCGAGGCUUCUUUGGCGCUGUCUUGUCGCUCCCGUUUGUGGUGACAGUCCCUAUCAAUGGCUUCCUGGGCGCUGCAUUCGUCGACCGCUGGCGAUGGGGAUUGGGCAUGUUUGCCAUCAUUAUGCCCGUGCUGCUUCUCCCUGCUAUUGCUACACUAUAUGUGAUGCAGCGCCGGGGCGAGAAAGUCGGUAUGGUCACCAUGGCUGCCUCCAGGCGUCUGCGUCAUGGUACGGCCACCGAGGAAGAAAUGUACACCCAAACCACCCGUUUCUCACGCUGGAUUCAGCUCUUGGGCGGUGGACUCAUUGAUAUUGACAUCAUCGGUCUUGUUAUUCUUGGUGUAUCCUUUUCGCUCAUCCUCUUGCCAUUUUCCGUCGCCAAGGAUACUGCAGGUGGCUGGCACAGCCCGCGUAUAAUUGCUAUGCUCGUCGUUGGUUUCAUACUAUUGGUUGCGUUUGUCCUAUACGAGCAUUACCUGUCGCCCAAGCCCAUCAUGAGCCAACGCAUCAUCAAGAACCGCGCCUUUCUCGCCGCCGUCACCAUUUUUACCUUUAACCAGAUGGCUUCAUCUGUGCGCAACACGUACUUGUCGUCAUACGUCUACAUCAUCAAGCAGUGGACAGAAUACGAGUGGAUCAUCUUCCUCGGCAUCACCACCAUGGGCCUCAGUCUGCUUGGCCCUAUUGUCGGUCUUGUCCAGCGCCAUACGCACCGCUACAAGAGUCUCAUGAUAUUUGGCGCCGUUGCCAAGAUUUUGGGCUACAGCCUUCUGCUCGAAACCAAUGGGACAAUGACACAGGGAACCGGCCGCCUCGUUGCCGCCCAGCUCAUCUACUGCCUCAGCGCCUUCAACGUUGUUGGCGCACGUGUAGGCAGCCAGGCGUCUGUACCGCAUGAAGAUAUGGCUUCAAUGAUUUCUCUCCUCACUCUGUGGUCUACGCUGGGGUCAUCAAUUGGAAGCGCUGUCGCAUCAGCCAUUUGGACCAACGAGAUGCUGGACCGCAUGCAUGUCGAGCUCCCUAAUGUAAAUGACAAGACACUGAAAAAAAUCUUUGGCAGUAUCAAAAAGCUGCGCACCGAUUACGCGUAUGACGACCCUAUCCGCCAGGGCGCCAUUCGCGCAUAUUCCCAUGUUAACGGCCACAUUGCCAUCACGGCCCUCAUCCUUUCGGCUCCUCCCUUAUUUGCGACAUUCUUCAUGCCAGACUUUUAUUUGGGCAAGCAGCAAAAUGCUGUUACGAAUACCGGUCUCGAUGGCGAGCGCGUCGAGGUUCCUGAGAGUGAGACCAGGGGUAGGAAUGCUGAUGGCUCGAAGGCGCCGUUUUACCGCAGAUGGUUCCCGUCGCGUCGCACUGCGUAA